UUUGGGGAAAAAACAAGGCAGUCCGCAGUUGAACAGUGGGAGGCAGUGGGCAGGAGUUAAUAACGCUGUGUUUUACCCCUGAAACCAACCCAAAACUGUCUAGCUAAAGCCAUGGAGAAGAAACGCAGGAAUAAGAAAGGGAAUAUCGUGAAAUGGUACCGAGAAGAUUUUUUCAUUCCUGGACCCAGCAUCUUUUACAACAACCUCUCUAAAGUGGCAAAGGCUUUUGGGGAGCAUCUCUCCACCAACCAGGUCACCGAUCUCUCACUCAAGACCAUCAGCAGCCUCACGCAUGAAGACAAAGCCAUUUCCCAGGCUGCCGGGGUCCUGCUUAGCUCCUUCUUGGAAGAAUGCGGGAUGGACCUGGAGGACCUUCCCAUCAUUGUGAAGGAAAUUUACAGCCACCUCAUGAACGUCAACGACCCCGUUACCAAAGAAGAGACCCUGAAAGCAGUGUGCAGCCUCGCCUCGAAACGUCUGAACGGGGUGGUGGACGUCCUCCUGGAAUGCUCGGUGGAAUGCGAUGACACUGUGGCAGAGAUCUGGAAGGCACUGGUGGCCGAUCCGUAUUGCAGCAUCAAGCUCAUGAGACCCCUGCUGAAAAGGCUGCAGGAUGAAGACCCCCUUUCUGAAGUCACCUACAGGCGGCACAGCAAGUCGAUCAUGCCGAUGGCGGCCACCAACGCUUUGUGUCUCAUCCUGUCUUUACCGGACGCCGCCGAUACAUUGCAAAACAAAUUCUCCCACCUGCUCAUUGCACUGGUGACUCAGAUCUAUUUCGUUCUUGGGACGGGCAGGAGAAGCUCCAAGAGGCCAAGUGUUCCUACGGACACCCUUCCACAUCCCUCUCCUCUGAGCACUACCCUGCAGGCGCUCAAAAACCUCAUUGCGUGCGCUGGCUACAUCAAGGAGUACAACAUCAUGGGGAUGCAAGGCUGCUGGGAAAUGUUGUCAACCCCAGAGAAUUACUUUGAAGGCAUUUUCAAACUGGUAAGGAUCUUGUUUGUAUUCUCCAAAUAUCACCUCAAGAUGACUUUCAAACAGGCCAACGCAUACUUGCGCCGUCCUGAUGCCAAGGAGAGGGCUGUAGGAAUGGCCUUCUUCGCCGAGCUCCUUUCUUACUCAGAGAUCAGCCUCUUUUUCGUGAAGCAAGACAUUCUGGAGGUCCUGCGAGAGUGGAUGGUGCAACCCAACCCCCUCAUGCAGGUCUUCAGUAUCCGAGGGCUCGGACACCUUCUGCAACAUCCCCUGGAGGAUGAGAUUCUAGAGCCUCUCCUCCCUCCCUUGAUCAGCUGUGCUUCCGAUCCAGACUGGAAUAUCGGCAAAGAGUCCAUUAAGACCCUCCAACACAUGUUCCAACACCUGGAUGUGAACGAAUUCGGGUACAUGGGGACCGGCCUCAUCCCCCGCCUCGUGAUGCACUUUAGCGAUGACGACCAUGAAUUGCGAGCGGCUUCCGUGGCUCUUUUUGCGAUCCUGCUGAAGGGCGUGGACGAAAACAGUAGGAACUCUGUGGCGGAAGAUGUCUUGAGAGGCUUCGUUCCCCUCUUAAUUUUGCUGGCAGACCCUUGGUCCAAAGAAGCCGCCAGGAAGGCUCUCUUCAGCUGUGCCGACUUCAUGAAAUGGGUGGACCUGCCCCAGAACCUAUUCAAUUAUGAAAUCUACGAAAAUCUCUACGUCACCUACUUAAACAUCUGCAAGUACAUCGUAUGGAAUUAUAAAAGCAAGUUUCCAGAAAUGCUGGCCCAAAUGGUUGACUAUCUAAGGAGCAGAAACGCUUCUUUCCGAGAAGCAGGGGCCAUAUUAAUAGCAUCCAACGCACAGAUAAUGAAGUCAAAUGUGGUGAGCACAGAACAAGUUGAGAAUGUUUUUCUGGCGCUCCGAGAACUUCAAGGCGACUGUGACGCGGCCGUGGCCAACGCGGCCGUGGAGUCCAUUGAGGAGGUGUUUCGACAUUGUGGGCAACGGAUCAGCCCGCAGAUCGUCCCCAGCCAACUCAUGCUUUUGCUGAAAAACAACAUGGCCAAGCGGCCCUUUGAGACAAGCAAGAACUGAGAUGCCCGGAAGGAGGACUUUGAAGAGGACAGGCAAGCAGGACGCAAUAUUCCCCUCGGCUCAGGGUGCCACGGAAGAAGUCCCCGGAACAGCCACGGGGAGAAGGCCAGACGGACGUCCUUCUGCUCCUGGAGAGAGCCUUUCUGGAGAACCAAGACGACGGAAGGCCACACAGGUGUGAACAACAGCACAUGGAGAGGGCUUUGUGGUGACCACCACAGAUCUAAUGGCCACAUGGCAAAGGCCCUUCCCACCUCUAUAGAUUGAUUAGUCCCAUCAUCCCAUAGAAAACAAUAAGCUAUGUACAAGAUGGGUGCAGGGCGGUCAUCUCGUACGCAGAACAAAAGAACCAGAGAUCUUUAUUAUCAAUAGAUGGUCUGUUGAACAGCAUUAAAAAGAGAAUAAAAAGCUCCACUAGCAUCUCA